CACCACGCGACGCUGCGCCACACAAAAUCCCAUCAAACGGGGCCUCUCUCUCUCUUCGUCCCCGUCCCGCUCCUCUCCGUCCUUUUCUGGACGGACUCGCCUCGGCGGCCGCAGCCAGCCACAGCCGCCGCUUACUUGAGAUUGAGAUUGUUGCCAUCCCGUUGCCGAUGGCGGCGAUGCUCGCGCCGGCCGCGCUCCCGCCCCGAGGUUUACAGAGUAAGGCGGUUGGAAAUGCGGAGUCGCAGUUGUUGCUACAUGGAAAAGGUUGCAUAGUGGCCGACGCAAUAAUAUUUGCAGCAAAGAGUAAUGAAAGGAGGAGGAAAUCACAAAGUAUAUCUCAAGGUCCAACAUUUAUAAGUGAAGAAGCUUCUUCUUCAGGCAGUGGCGAAAACCCCACCACCAGCCUUGAGGUCAAUGCCAAUGAUGUUACUACUGACGAGAAAUUCACAGUUGCCCCAAGGAAUGCGGUUCUUCAGGCUUGUACUCUCACAUCUAGCUUACUCCUUGCAGGAGGUCUCGUUCUUCGUGAGGCAUCACAUUUUGCAUCUUUGAAUGGAUGGCCGGUUGCUGACCCUAUGAAUUUGUCAUUCAAUUUUGAGACCUGGCAUCUUGAGUUGAUUGCAGGACUUGUAAUAAUAAUAUCAUCUAGCAGAUAUAUUCUUCUACAGACAUGGCCAGAUUUCAGAUAUUCCAGUGAGACUGCAAAUAGACAAAUCCUUACUUCACUGGAGACUUUCGAUUAUAUCGUAGUUGCUUGUCUUCCUGGGAUAAGCGAGGAGGUGCUGUUUCGAGGGGCAUUGAUGCCUAUCUUUGGACUGAACUGGAUAAGUGCCUUUGUAACUAGUGCCAUUUUCGGUAUUCUUCACUUGGGCAAUGGCAGAAAAUAUUCAUUUGCAAUCUGGGCAACGUUUGUUGGCGUAGCAUAUGGUUUAGCUACCAUAGCUUCUUCAAGCAUCAUAGUUCCAAUGGCUUCUCACUCCAUAAACAAUAUUAUCGGAGGCCUAAUUUGGCGCUUUACCAACAAUACAGAAAGAGAAUAGGUUUCUCCUUAGUAUAUUUGGAAAUAUAUAUUUUCAGUUUUAGGUGUUAUUUGUUUUUUUGCUUUAGCAUAGACCUUUUAGUUUGUCUAUACUGGUUGUUUUUGUAACUUGUACUGCUAGGAUGCUUGAAGAAAUGUUUUGCCUUACUGUUCUUUAAGAUCAUUUGGGCACGAUGUGUAUUACAGAUAACUAUUUACAUGUUGUGUUUCUUGCUUUUAUAGCUGCGCUGGUAUUGUAUCUUAUACCAAGUUUGAAAUAA